AUAAAAAAUUAGGUAGAAGUUCAAAAACAAUGGAAUGUUGGGUGGAGGCUCUCCUAAAAAUUCACUUCUCCCCGUCUUAUAUAAGCACUCUGCCCUCACCACUUGCUCCCGCAACGCAUCAAAGCAGCUUCUCCCAAAAGUACUAAACACGCGAACACAUCUAGUGGUAGCCAACCAUGUCGUCGUCGUCGCCGCCGCGGGAGCCGUACGUGGUGGAAGACUGCCGCGGCGUGCUGCAGCUGAUGAGCGACGGCACGGUGCGGCGCAGCGCCGAGCCGGCGUUCCCGGUGGACGUCCCGGAGGACGACUGCGGCGUGGAGUGGAAGGACGUCACGUGGGAGCCGGAGCACGACCUCAACGUGCGCCUCUACCGUCCGGGCCACCUCGGCGCGGCCAACGACGCGCAGAUCCCCGUCGUGGCCUACUUCCACGGCGGCGGCUUCUGCCUCGGCUCCGGUCGCUGGCCCAACUUCCACGCCUGGUGCCUCCGACUCGCCGCGGAGCUCCCCGCCGUCGUGCUCUCCUUCGACUACCGCCUCGCGCCCGAGCACCGCCUCCCCGCCGCCCAGGAGGACGGUGCCAAGGCCAUGUCCUGGCUCCGCGCGGACGCCGCCGCCGACCCCUGGCUCGCCGACGCGGCGGACUUCGCCCGCGUCUUCAUCGCCGGCGACUCGGCGGGCGGCAACAUCGCCCACCACAUCGCCGCCACAUUCGGCAAGACCGGCCUCAGCCCGCCGGUCCGGCUCCGCGGGUACGUCCUCCUCACGCCGGCCAUGGCCGGCGAGGCCCGGACGCGCGCCGAGCUGGAGUGCCCGCCCGACGCGUUCCUCACCACCGAGAUGUGCGACAGGUACGCCCGGCUCUCGUUGCCCGAAGGCGCGACCAGGGACCACCCAGCGAUCAACCCGGCGGGGCCGGAGGCGCCGGGGCUCGAGGCCGUGGAGAUGGCCCCCGUGCUCGUCGUCGCGGCGGAGCGCGACGUGCUCAGGGACCGGAACGUGCACUACGCGCAGCGGAUGGAGGAGGAGUGGGGCAAGGACGUGGAGUACGUGGAGUUCGCCGGGGUCGGGCACGGCUUCUUCCAGGUGGACCCGUGGUCGGAGCGCGCCGACGAGCUCGUCCGGGUCGUCCGGCGGUUCGUCGUCGACCACAUGGAUUCGGAGUAGGACGGGUUAACCACUGCUGGAUCAAUAAUGGCACGCCACAUCGCACAUGGAUGGCUUUGCUUUGCUAUGCUUCUUGGUGUCAAUUAUUUUCUGGAUUAGGAUGGGUUGAUUAAUCGCCGGAUGCAUGGAUUUCUUGUUCCUUUUUGCUUCUCA